AUGUUGAAACUCUUCGCAACGUUCUUCCUAAUCUCCGCAACACAUGCCGUUUUCGAUUCGGCCGCUCAAAAAGCCAUCGUAAAUGCUCACAAUGCUCUGCGUAGCAAAAUCGCCAAAGGAACCUAUCAACAAAAAUUGGGACGCCUCGGACCGGCUGCCAAUAUGCGAAAAAUCUCAUGGGAUAAAUCGAUUGCUGCAAAAGCGCAAGCCUACGCGGAUAGCCAACCAAUGGGACAUUCUGCCACAAAAUACGGGGAGAAUAUCUAUUGGAAAUAUGAUAUGAGAAAAUUAUCAACUGCAAGUCUUGGAAAACUUGGAGCAAAAGCUUGCGAGGUCUGGGAAAACGAGUUCAAAAAAACCGGAAUCAAAUCGAUAAAACAAGGUUCGAGUGUAGGUGCACAAACUGGACAUGCGACACAAAUGGCAUGGGCUGAUACGAAUAAAAUCGGAUGUGGAGUUGCAAGUUGGAGAGGACAACAAUAUAUGGUGACUGCUGUGAUUUGUCAAUAUUCGACUGCUGGAAAUGUGUCAAAUACUGAUAUGUUCAAAGCGGGAAAUGCUGGAAGUCAAUGUCCAAGUGGAACUAAUGUUGAGGCUAGCAGUGGAUUGUGUGUAUAA